GGUUGUGGUGGCUGCUCGCGGGUUCGUCGGUGCAGCAGCUGCUAGGUGUUAGUCGGUCGCUCGUGACUUCUUGGUUUGGGGCUGUGCUGGGUGGUGCACUAUUGUUAUAACAAGAUAUUUUGUUCGCUUUCGAUUUCAUCGCGUGCUGGAUUUUCGUCUCUAUCCGACGAAGUGUUCAGUCAACAGCUGCCUGCGCCUAUACUGUGAGUAAGCAUUGUGUCGCGUUGACGUAGUACCUACCAAGCUAUCGUCUCGUGGUUUGUGAGAAACAGUGAUUUGUGCCUAUUUUGGUAUGCGGCAGCCAAAGGAAGAUAAGAUAGAGCUAGCAGCUCAGUGUCGUGUAGCAUGUUUCUGUGCGUAGAUCUUAGAUCCCGAAAUUUUGCUUAAGCUUGGCAGUGAAUCAAAAAAGUGCAAACGGGUUCAAUAACCAUUGUACCUACCCCGAGCGAGAACCAGGAAGUGACGAGAGAAGUUUAUUCGAGUGUCUGCUGGUGCUGCUGCUGCUGUUUUGUGAAUAAGUAGAGUACAUCGACGGGACGGGAGCACCUGCUCCUGGGAGGCGUUUUCGGUGGUAUUAUUCGUCUCUAUAUACCAACCCACAUUACUGGUAACUACACACAGUCAGCAGCCCUCUGGAAAUUUCACAUUAGCAGCAGCAAUCGGACGAAAACGAUCAGUCAAGUUGGUUGAGCGCAGCUGAUCGCACCAGCCGCGUGGAACACCCGUCAGCCCUGCAGAGCCGCGUGGGGGUAGUGAGAAAGGAAUUGGCGGCUGGAAAACGAUUUCCGACAAUUAUCAUUAUCUAUUCGCAAGCACACGGUGUUCAGUGCCGGGAUUAACAACGAACGACGACAAAUGGAAGAAAGAUGUUCAAUGGAGCGGUGAUGCUGUUCGGAAUCGUGCAUACAUCAGCUAAAGUGGUUUCCCCUGGGGGCAACCGGAGGUAUACCGGGCUCUCACCGACGCAAAUCAGCGAAAAAUGAUGACUGCCGAGGAGGAAUUGGCCGAGAAGCGAAUCCUUCUGGAGCGUGCAAAUGCCGAGCGGGAAGCGAUUUUCAAACGCUACGACCGAGGCCGCAAGAACAUAGAUAUUGACGCGUGGGACGAUCCGGCGUUCGAAAUCUACACGCAAGCCGAUCGGUAUGGAUUUCUACAUCCGGAGAAGGAGCAGUCGUUCCGGGACGAUCUGGAGGCGGCUCGGCGCAAGCAGAUCGAAGUGGAGCGAACGAAAAAAUGGCUCAAGAUGAUGAAGAACUGGUCCAGUGCCGAGACGAAGGAACGCCUGCAACGGAGGGUCAUGAAGGGCAUUCCGGACCGGCUGAGGGCGGCCAUUUGGAAGUUGUUUCUGAAUCUGGACCAGGCAUUGAAGGAGAACGUGGGGGUUUACGAGAAGAUGCUGAAGUUUGCCCGCCAGUACAGUCCGGACAUUCGGCAGAUAGAUUUCGACGUGAAUCGGCAGUUUCGCAACCAUAUCAACUACCGGGAGCGUUACAGUGUGAAGCAGCAGAGCUUGUUCCGGGUGCUGGCCGCCUAUAGUAUGUACAACAUGGAAGUGGGAUACUGCCAGGGUAUGUCGACGGUGGCAGGCGUGCUGUUGAUGUACUUCGACGAGGAGGAUACGUUUUGGGCGUUGAAUGCGCUGCUGUCCAACGAACGGUAUGCCAUGCAUGGGCUGUACGUGGAAGGGUUUCCGAAGUUGAUGCGCUUCCUGCAACAUCAUGACAAAAUUCUGACCAAAUGUAUGCCAAAAGUUAAGAAGCAUUUGGACAAACACGGAGUCGAUUCCGUGCUGUAUUCGUUGAAAUGGUUCUUCGUUAUCUUUAUUGAAAGGAUACCGUUCAGCCUUUGCCUGCGCGUGUGGGACAUCUACAUGCUGUACGGUGAGCGUGUUCUGACGGCGAUGGCCUACACCAUCCUCAAGAUCCACAAGGUGAAACUGCUUCGGAUGAAGGACAUGGAUCAGAUAACCGAGUUCCUGCAGACGAUCCUGUACAAAAAUUUCGGCUACGAUGACGAUACUGUGAUAAAGACGCUCCAGCUGGCAAUGUUCGAGCUGAAGAAACUGAACCUGGACAAACUGCCAGCGGCUCCGGCUAGCGAGUUUCCUAAGGUGGCCUUCGGACAGUUUAUCGAACCCAGCUUGGAGGCGAAGAUUGGUCACCGCAACGAGAAGUUUACCGAACGGGAAACGGAGCUGAAGGAGACGGUACUAUACCGAAGCGAAUCGAAGAACGAUGGCGAUGACGAAGAUGUCGAUGAAAAUGGACGCCCAGUCGGACAAAAUGGCCAUCAUCGAAAUGAAAACGGUGGCCACGACGACGACGAAGACGACCGAACCGAGCGGGAUUGUGAUGAUAUCACCGAGGAGGACGAUGCAUACAGUAAUCUCAAUACAGAAUACGACGACGGCAGCAUAACCAAGCAUUCGCUUACCGGAACGUCGGUAACCUCGACCAACGACGUCAGUAUUACUUCCUACGAGCGUACCUGUGAUAUCUUCCGUCUGCAGCCAAACAGUGGUGGCAGCAGUGCCGCCAUUCUGGGCAGUGGUGCCAAGCUGGACGACAGUGUUAGCAUCAUAUCGUUGCAAACCUUGGACGGGGUGUGUGACCUUCACGGUUCGGCCGAACAUUCCAUCGUUCAGGGCGUCAGUGGAGGUAGUGCCGAAAAGGUUGCCCCUGGUAUCAUCGGUGACGACGACGAAGACGAUGACGACGACAUCACGGAAAAGCAACUCUCUUCCUAAGAGGACUUCGGGAA